AUGGGUUGCAGCUCUAUUCGCGCUGUUGGUAGAGGUCGUUGCUGGUUUAGUCGCACUGGUGGUAGAGGCGGUUGCAGCUCUAAUCGCACUGUUGGUAGAGGUCGUUGCUGGUUUAGUCGCAUUGGUGGUAGAGACGGUUGCAGCUCUAUUCGCGCUGUUGGUAGAGGCGGGAAAAGAGUGCAAGAGAAGAAAAUUGUAAAGGAAAGACGAAAUGAAAAGGUGGCUAUUGCAAGCAUUAAAGAUGACACGAGCAUAAAUAGACAAGAUUCACAUAAUAAGCUGCUAGCUAUGGUUACAAAGUCAACAGACAUCUUUGAAACUACUUACACAAAGAAGGAGAUUGAACUUCUAUUUCAAGCAUAUGGUUUAAAAUAUUGCAACAGCUGGACCAAAACCCGCCUCAACCCAGUCCUGGUAGAUGCCAUCAAAGCUGCAACACAGUUUAUAUGCCCAGAACUACUUCUGUCACAUGAACGUAAAUGGCACAUUGAUGCAUUUUGUGGAGUGGUGAUUGUAAGCAUUUAUACAGGUAUUUGUGAAACUAUUUUCAUAUUUGUAAUGUUCGUUGACUAUUUUUUAACCAUCUGAACUGCUGCAAUGUUUCAAUUGUAUAAUGGUUGGAGCUUGGUCAUGCAGACAAUAGUAUUCAGGCAAAAAGAUAGUGAUUUUUCCAUGAAUUAUGGAUACAUGAAUGAAUAUGAUUUCAAUGUACGUUAACAGCAUCUCGUUUGUUGCCGCCAAUGCUCUAUCAUUUGGUCAAUUCUUUUCUUUCAACCACAGGUGAAAGUGAUCCAGGCUCAUUAACUCAUAGGCCGCCCAACUAUUGCUUUAGAGACAGUAAAGAACGUUUGCGCAUGCUUUUACUGCGAGACCAAGAAUGAGACAAAGAAGAAAAUGUUUUAACACAUAUUCACACUCAGCAUAAGAAAGGUUUAUAGCAAAGAAAACUUAGUACAAAAUGUAAUAUUGAUAUGGCAUAUUGAUACAUUGUAUGUCCAAAACUACAAAGAAAGAAAACUUAUUACAAAAUGUAAUAAA